CACAGACAUGCGGGUGCCGGUUUUUUCAGCUUGUGACAAUGUUGGGGUUGUCGGGGAUAGAGCGUCCCGUUGCUUGAACGGCUACACCCAAGGCCGCACUACUGGUGUUCACGGGCUUAGCGAAACCAAUCCGCGCGGGGUUGAUUUCCUCUUUGAGGUCGAUCUGCUGAAGCUCUCCUGCGUCAACACCUACUUCAAACAUGAUGAUGGGGCUCGCGGUCAUUUUCCCCCCUGGGCGACCCGGGUCAUCUGUCCGGACCGCGCUUCGUUCUACCACAACUUGCUUGAGCGGUGGAGGGAGAUUGAUCUUCUUUUUGUACAUGCUGUUGACGUUCCCCUCGUGCAGCAUCUUACCACCAUUGAGAUUGAUAGCGAUCACCGGUCCAAGCUUCUCAAGGUCCAGCUCGAGAAGAGGUACCACCGCACUACCGCACUGCGACAUCACGCUCAAGCGAGGAAAAGCAGGGAAGAUGGUGAAGACGACGCUGAUUCUGGGCACGGGGCGCCACUCUGGCGCGCUUCUCCUGAGGCGAAGGAGCAGUUUACUGAAGCUGUUUGUGGUGGCAUUGUUGACGCUGCUGGACCGAAUUCCGAUUUUUCUGACCUCUCGCUCCUACCCCGCGCUCUUGUUUCGCAGAAGCACGUCUUGCAGUCCAGUGCCAACGAGGAGCUCGAGAGGUACCAGAAGUCACACGAUUACACCAAGCGGGAGGAGUACGAGGACCUUAUUGCCGGGCUCCGGCGUAAAAUCAAGCAGUGCACCACCGAAAGCAGUGAGAGCGUAGCAGCGUGCCGGGUUGCGGCAUUGUUGAAGGAGGUCUCCGCCAUUACUGCAGAACAAAAGGCCUUUUUGAGGUCCCAGCGCGGGGAGGACGCGUUUAAUGUUGACCUUCAUCACCGCUGCCACAGGUCGCGGAAAACUGCCAAGCGCAAAGUCGGGGGCGAUUUUUGUCCGGAGGAGGCGGCCCGCCACUUCGAGGCAGUGUCUUCGGUUUCUGAAGUUCCAGAUGUUUCGAUCCUCGACGGUGUUGUUCAUCCCCUGGCCCCGUGUUGGGUCAAAAUUCUGAACGACGACUUCACCCCUGAGGAGGUUGCCGCCGCUGUCUGCAACAGGAAGAACAGCUCCCAGUCUGACGAUUUUGAUCAAGUUAUCCUGUUGUACAAGGCGCUGACUUCUGCCGGGUGGACACUGGUCACCGAGCUGUUAAAUUUCCACUGGAAGUCCGGCUUCUCUUUCCUCGAUACCCCGGAGGGGAAGAAGAUUUUGCGGGCUGUUGUGACCUUGUUGUACAAAAACUCUGGUGACGAGGCCGAUUUGAACAAUUU